GUCAUGUAUGCAGAAGUCAGUCGUGAGAAGCAUUGUUCAUCCCUCUGGGAAAUUAUUUCCAUUGCAUUUACCCCAUCCUAACUACUUAUGACCAGUGAGUAGCCAUACUGCAGCACCUGGGACCAAAUUCAGUUCUAAGAUCAAGGAAAAAGGCUCAAGGUCAUCAGAACAAGGAGAAACCGCCUGAAGAACAGCUUUUUCCCAAGAGCUGUGGAUAUGCUGCUGCAAUCUUGAAUGUUGUUCAGGUAAUGCCAAACUGUGCUUAACACACACUGAAUGCACUUUAUCCAAUUGCUGGACCAGUUAGGUCUUAAUACUAACAUUGCUGUUGCUUUUUUUUUUUUUUUUAAACGUAUGUUCUAUUGCUUCAUUUUAUUAUUUUAUACAAUCCUUUUAUGGCGUAUUUAUUUAUAUAUCUGCUAAGUUCAAUGGUUUGUUCUAAAAUGCCUUUCGUCGUUAUCUAUCUAAGAAAAAUUGCUGAAAAAGUUUGACUACUUUGCCCCAAAAUAAGGUUUAAAAAGCAUUUUUCCCAACUAUGCAUGCGUCACAACUACCACAACUACCACAACUGCAGUCAAAGUAAAACAGACCCUUACGUCGGUGGAACCACACGAUUGGCUGAAAUAUUUUUCCCGCUUUGGCUGUUAAAAGCAGAAGAUUGACUUUCUAGAGGGAGGGGCGCCAACUUUGGCGUUACGGGCUUUCCCCAUUUUAUUGUGGAUGUGAUUGAGUGGCGUCUCUCCUCCAUAGAACAUCACUGUGCACAGUAUACUGAGCUACAGUUAGCAGUGCAUCUAGAAUUUACUUUAGCAACAAGUAUGUUGUAAGUUACUAAAUCAAAGAGAGCUAAGGCAUCAAGGAUAUCAGACAGCGUGUUUCGUCUGUAGUCCAUCCAAGAGAAUCCAUUUUGCCUGUUGUUGUUGUUGUGGCUUCAUCUUGUUUGUCUUGUUCUUCCAUUUUAAUAUGACACAGUUGGUGCGUGAAUAAGUACGUACUUUAACUCACACAGAGGAAAUCAGUUGAGUGGGAGGUCCUUUAACGUGGGCCAGGACACAAAUUUGCGUACACACUGCGAAAAGAAUGAGGCCAUAUUUGGCCCAUGUGGUCUAAAUGAUCGGAAUGAAUGCAUCCUCAGUGCGCCUUAGGGGUAUUCACACCUUACUUAGAUCACCCAAAAUGCAUGUUUAUGCCAGGUGUAAACAGUGCCUUUUUAGGCCCCAUCCACACUACUGCGUUUUCAAAUUUUGCUACGUUUGCACCUCCCGUCCAGACUAAAACGGAGAAGUUUGGAAACUCUGGCAACCCCGUUUUGCGAUUGGUUUACAGUAAUGUCACAUUGGACAGACCACCAAAACAGCAAAAUAACGUGUCUUUACAACAGAAAAAGUGACAAAUUACCUGGAGAUUCAGUAUAUGUCAGGGUCCAACUGAAUGAAGGCAGAAACUCAUCAACCUAUAUUUCUUUAAUUCUUUCUACAUAACGAAGCAGAUCAGUUAUCUGCAAUGACAUUUCAAAUGUUUGCCUGACUGACCAAAGGAUCUGAGCUCCUAAUGGCUAAAAAGCAUUAUGGUUUUCAUAUUUUAUGCUUUUAAGUGGGCCAAGACCUGUGAAUCUGCAUUUGCCGCCAGUCAAAUUGGAGGGGCUACUUUCACCCAAAAAGGGACGGGAGCAUGAGGCAGGGACAAAGUACACGGAUGUGCUGCUCUCAUCCGAGCCGCAACCGCAACGACUUUCCAUUGGAAGCAGGAGUCUAACUAAUUUCCUCAGUGGUAACUUGGGCUAUGGCUUGGAUAUGUGGUUUAAUUGUGACAACAUGCUAUAACAUAUACAUUUAUAUUUAAUAAUAUUUCCCAAUUAGUUUUUUGUUUUGUUUUGCAUCAGCAAAACCACAACCACUUGAUCAGACUUGUCUAGUCAAAUGUAAUUUUGCAGUUUGGCAAACGUGGUGUGUUAGCUUUAUGUCAGAAAACAAGCACCAUGCAUAUUCACUGCAUUAAGGGUGACCACACAGGCUCAGCCGGGUGGGACUGAGGCAGCAUUUCUCCACCAUCCAUCACCUUAUGAUGAUGAUGUGAAAUACCAAAGCUACAUCGAGAACAUGAAGUCUUUUAAUAGCCAUAUCAGUAAUUUUUACAUCAUGUAUAUCUCAUGAAUCUCAUCUUUUCCCAAUGUUAAGCUUCCUGGUAAAAAAAUUGUGAUGACUGAUCAAUAGCAAUAGGGUUAGAGUGGAUCUGAAAAUGUCUUGUAAACUAAAUAAUGUCAUGUAAUGUAAACCAUACCCUCAACAGCACUCAGAUUUUCUGUGGAGCUGGUUAUUUGAGGACAAAAAUUGGCACAGGGCUUGUACAAAAUUCCCAUGUUAAUAUCAGUCUUGGUGAAAUUUAAUGUUUUUGUCACCAGUGGGAAUGAGUGAAUACAGACCCUGGGAACAAAAUGAGACCCCCCCGACUUCAACAGCCCCCUCUGCUUUAUCAGUGUAAUUCUGUAAGGAGAUCAUGAAUAGCAAGAGAGAGAGAGACCCUAUUGAGACGAGCCAUUCUUUACAUCGUAACUUAACUCCAUACCUUCCCCUAUAACACCUUGACAAGGAGAAUCCCUCCAAAUGAUGGGUUGUGGAGGGACACCAUUGCUGCAGGCUGCAUCCCUGUAAUUGCUGAGCACUUCCUCGUACAGGAGGCAGUUGAGAUGACAUGGGAAUGGGCGCGUCUCCAAAGACACACGCACUUUAUGGUGUCACUGCCCCGAGACAGACAGGCACGCACACACACACUUCUCCUAUAAUGAUAUAUUUUAAUUUUUAAAGCCAAAUUUUUUUUUUAAUAUAACUGAAUACAUAUUUUGUUUCUCUGAUGAAACACAUUACCCUGUUUGUGAAAACCUUUACAUAUUUUUACCACUAUUUUAUGUUUAUGGUUUGUUUGGGGUAAAUAGUAGAAGAACUGGGUUGUUAGCAUAAGCAGUGGUAGCGCCCAUGAAUGAACAGACAAUGAGAAGAGCACCACCUGCAGAACCUUAAACUUAAUUUAUAUAUAAAAAAGAAAAUGAAAGGAAAAUUAAGGACAGUUCAAAUGUGUCACACUUUGGUUCGAUUGACAGAUGGGGAUCAAUUCAAAAUAGGAAAGUUAUUAAUUAACAUUUGAAUCAUGAAAUGUGUAAUACAAAAAAGGGAACAUACAGAUAGCCACACAAAAUACACAAGCAUAUAUAUAUUCUCAUAUAUAUACACACACACACAUGCACAAAGGCUCUUGGCAGAUGGUGAACCAUGAGGUUGACAGGGCUGUAAAACAAGCCCGUUCUCUUUGUCCACCUACGCAGCACUUUGCACAGUGUGUCUAUCAGAUGGCAGCUCUUUAUCAAGGUGUGGCUGACACUGGCUCCACACAAAGCUCUGUUAAACAGGAAUAUAGUAGGCCUGCUUCUAAUAACUGGGGUGCUGUGGCUGGGCUCACAUCACUGUCUUGUUCUUAUCGCUGCCAUUUUGUCAUUCAUUUCAUCAGACACAUAAAUUUUACAUUUACAGCCAUGUGUGUAAAUGACUGAACUGAACUGAAGACUGCCUGGUGACUAUUGCUUCCUUCUUGUAAAUUUAGUCAUGCGUUAAAACACAUAGGCUGGUGUGAUGAUGCUGGUGUUUGUAUUUCUUUGAUAUGAGCCAUGGAGGAAAAGUUGACAUUGUUGUUUAUUGGGAUUGUUAAAUACAUACUCAGUUACAAGCAAACCAGAGCGUUUAGACCAAAGCACCUUGUUUAACAUGACAGGAAUUUGGUAACCUCAGGUUACAGCAGGUUAGAGACUUUUAGUUAUGGGAGAGAAGCAAGAACUUUUGUGGUCUUCAUGUAAGUUAAAAAAACAAAUAUAUAUUUUUUUUGUGUAAAUUUUUUAUUCUGCUCAACCAAGAAGGUUGGUCAGCUGUCAGCAUCAGUCUCUUCUUAUACACACAAACCCUUGCAUUUAACAGUGUAGCAUAUACACCCUUGCAUUUUUGGAGGCUGUUCCCCUUUCAUUAGUGACUCAGUUCAGUUCUUGUCUGGCAUAACAAUAUCGAGUUUGACUGACCUGCUAUAAAUAUGUUCUAAAUACUCUGCAAAAAAUACACUCUGCUAGUUGUGAACUACAUUGGUGUUAGGUGUAUGUGUCAUUUCUGGUUAGCUUACUGUAUGUGUAAUGAUAUGGUUGCAUGGAUGCUGGAUCUAAUAGGCAUCCACCCCUGUCAAUUAUCAGACUGUUGGGAGGAAGAGAGGAGAUUAUGCAUAAUUACCAACUGUGGCUGGGCCUGGGUGUUUCCUCACAGAGACAAAAAAAUGAUAAAUGGAUUUGCAAGCAGACAAAUGCUAUGUUGCUCAACUGCAUACCUGCACUGUAAAAAAUGAUCUAGGUGGUUCAACUUACAACCUUAAGUUCAAUUGCUGCCUUAAAAAUUCAGUCCUUCAGUCUAUGGGUUUGCAGUUGGACUACAAGGUUGAGCGCACAUGCCAGAAGACGAAAAAGCUUGGUAGGUUUCCAUGGAGUCUGGCUGUCCGUGUGUGUGACGGUGGAGUUGCAGUGUCCCUGCGCACCAAAAAAAGGUCUAUUGGAAAAUUUCUAGCCAUCACCAACAAUCUACAAGUGCAUAAGGUCAUGUCAUCUGAGUGCUGGGUGGAGCCCUGCAGUGAGGGCCAGGCACAGGGGACCGGACUGGAGAAGCAACAAGGGGAAGAAGUGAAGAAAGAGGAAGUGGAGGUUCCCUGCGGGGACAACCAGCCGGUAGGAAGCCUGAGGCAGGAGGAGCCAGGAAGAGAACGGCCUUCAUCACCUGACCUGGAGCAGGUCCAGAGGGUGGAGACGCAGACUCAGGAAAAAAGAGAGAGGUUUUCCCAUGAAAGCCGGGAUAGAGGGUCAGUAUCAGGGGUGUGCCUUGGGGAGCGAUACCUCCGGAGGUCCCUCCCCAGGGGCUUAUCAUCCUGCUCCUACCUGGACAGGGAGCGGCAGGUAGAGGAGCCCCGGGGGCCUGGGCCUUUCUACUUCUUCGGAGGAGCCAAUGGGGCUGAAAUAGUGAGCAGUUACUGUGAAAGCAGGGGCUGGAAGAGGAUUUACAACAAGUGCAGGGAGGAUUUCAAACUCAAGUGGUGUGAGACUAAAUCACCUGCCAACUACUGUAACUUCAGAGAAGGUGAACAGUUAGUUUACCAGAUUCCCAACAACAAGGUGCUCACCACUAAGAUCGGCCUCCUCAGCAGUCUACGUGAAUAUGAGCGGGUCAGCAGCAAAGUCAACCAUGGUCGUGGACUGAGGAGCCUGAAAAUGGAAGAGUUCAUUCCCACUACCUUCCGCAUGGAUGUGAGGGAAGAGAGAGAGGCUUUCUUUGCCCAGCAGGAGGGUGUGAGCAACAAUGAUGUGUGGAUCUGUAAGCCCACCGGUCUGAACCAGGGCAGAGGGAUCUUUCUGCUGAAGAGCCAGGAGGACGUAGCCGCCUUAAGACUUAAGCUGCAGCACAUGGAGGACAGCAAGGCCAGCAGGAACCUGCGCCACCAUCAGCCUCAGGCCCGCAUUGUCCAGUAUUACAUCCAGAGGCCGCUGCUCCUGAAGGGGAAAAAGUUUGAUGUGCGCUCUUACCUUCUGAUUGCCUGCACUGCACCUUACAUGGUCUUCUUUCGCCAUGGAUAUGUGCGACUGACCUGCAACCUCUACGACCCCAGCUCCAGCAACCUCUCUGCCCACCUGACCAAUCAGCUGACUGCUUCAUGUGUCUCUGGUCCCCCUGCUGUCCUUCUCCAGUACAUGCAGAAGAAGAACCCCCUGUACAGCCAGCUAAAGGAAGACACUGUGUGGUCCAUGGAGAGCUUCAACACCUACGUCAAUGACAGGUUUUGGGUUGCCAAGGGUCUGCCCAGGGACUGGGUGCUGGGGGCCUUUGCAAAGCGCAUGCAGCAGAUCAUGACACAGUGUUUCUUGGCAGUCAAAUCCAAGUUAGACUGUCGGCUGGGCUUCUUUGACUUGAUUGGCUGUGACUUCAUGGUUGAUGAGGACUUCAAGGUGUGGCUGCUGGAGAUGAACUGUAAUCCAGCUCUCCAUACGAACUGUGAGGUGCUGAAAGAGGUGAUACCCAGCACAGUUAUGGAGACACUGGAUUUAACUCUUGAGAUCUUCAACAAGUGUCGUCUCAGGCAGAGGAUUCUUCCUUUGGCCAGUCAGAGGGAGUUUGUGCUGCUGUACAAUGGAGUUUUUCCUCCUGGUUCAGUGUUGACCCGCAGCAAGAGCAACUCAAACAGUGAAUUAAACCCGAAAAGCACCAAAAAGACCCAAAAGACUGAACCGAGAAGAUGUAAGUCAGGGACAGUGGGCAGAAUCAUGCCCAAAGCAUCCAUUGAUAAUUCUGUGAAUGUCUCAAUGAGCAAUGAUGGAAGCAGUGGUUCAAAGUCUGACCAUUGUUCCACCACCUCCACUACCCCCUCACCUCAAAGCUCUCCGUCAAUGCAUGGACCUUCACAUUUACGCAGCAGCAGCAUACAGAACCCCAGGCCUCGGGUCGAGCUCAAGCCAAGCAAAUGCACUUUGCAUCAUCAUUUUAAGGCUGCAGAUGAAGUGAAGCACUCCAAGACUCAGCAGAAGACGAGGAUCAUUAUGUCCCUGUCAUCACCAGCACUGAGCGAAGGGAUCUCCGUCUGUGGGUCUCCAGAGACAACGACACCAUUCCUUUCUCACGCUGAACCUCCUUUGUGUGGGAACAAAUGUGAAAGAGGAGAGGAACACGAUGAAGAGGGGCUCGGAGCGGACGCACAGAGCUUAGUUUCUGAGACAAAAGAGAAACUGUGAGACAUUAUAUUAACGUCGUCAAAAAAAAAAAGAAAUCUGACAUCUGGUGCUGUUUUGCUCAGAGAAAUGCUGAUAAAUGCUUAAUGUGACAAUAAAGAAUUGAUCAGUUGA